GUCCACCGAUCCUGCCUGGCUUGGUCUUCACCACUGAUCCGGCUCCGGUAGGGGCGGUGCCACUAAGGGCCACGCCUCCCGCGCUGAUUCCGGAUGACUGGAGCGACGGCCUACGCUCUGAGGGGGCGGGGACUGGAACCUGCUGCUGUUUCGGAGGCUAGGGCUGCAGCCGCCCCGUCAGCCGCUCCGAUUCUUCCUGUUUCUGGUGGCUGCGCCGCCUCCCUCUGAAGCCUGAGGAUACGCCCUCCCGAGACCGCGUCGAAUCCCUCGUAGUUGCUCCAGGGCAACUCCAGCCCAACAUUCUCUCGCUCUGGUUCUCGCCCCUUGGAGGACCUCGGCCCCUAUACUCCCCGCUUUCCUGGAUGUACUGCCCCCUCCCACCUGUCUAAAAUGUCCAAUAACCUACAGAGGGUCUUCCUGAAACCUGCAGAGGAAAAGUCAGGCAGCGCCUCGCAUUGUGUUUCAGGAUGCAUGUACCAAGUAGUUCAGACGAUUGGCUCGGAUGGAAAAAAUCUUCUGCAAUUACUUCCAAUUCCUAAUUCCUCUGGAAAUCUUAUACCGCUAGUUCAAUCUUCAGUCAUGUCUGAUGCUUUGAAAGGGAAUACAGGAAGCCCAGUUCAAGUUACUUUUAAGACUCAGAUUUCCAGCUCUUCCACAAGUUCAUCAGUUCAAUUGCCCAUUUUUCAGCCAGCCAGUUCUUCAAACUAUUUUCUUACAAGAACAGUAGAUACAGCAGAAAAAGUUAGAGUUACUUCUGUGGGAACUGAAAAUUUUACCUCAUCAGUUUCUAAAGUUCAGAGUCAUGGUGUGAAAAUUGAUGGACUCACCAUGCAAACAUUUGCUGUUUCUCCCUCCUCAACACAAAAUGAUUCAUCUUUUAUUUUAGUAAAUACCCAGAGUCUUCCAAUGACUGUCAAGUCUCCAGUUUUGCCUUCUGGGCAUCAUUUACAGAUUCCAGCCCAUGCUGAAGUGAAAUCUGUACCAGCGUCAUCAUUGCCUCCUUCAGUUCAGCAAAAGAUACUUGCAUCUGCAACCACAAGUACCUCAGGAACAGUUGAGGCCUCCCAAAUACCGACUGUUAUUUAUGUAUCUCCUGUAAAUACAGUGAAAAAUGUAGUUACCAAGAACUUUCAAAACAUUUACCCAAAACCUGUUACAGAAAUAGCAAAGCCAGUGAUACUAAAUACCACACAAAUUCCAGUGAAUGUUGCUAAGGAGACACAAUUAAAAGGUGGUCAGCAUUCUCAAGCUGCUCCAGUGAAAUGGAUUUUUCAAGAAAAUCUACAGCCUUGCACUCCAUCUCUUGUUCCUGUUAAAUCUUCAAAUAAUGUGGCUUCAAAGAUUUUAAAAACUUUUGUAGAUAGGAAAAGUUUGGGAGACAAUACUGUUAAUAUGCCACCAUUGAGUACCAUCAGUCCUGGUGGGACACAAUCCAAAAGUAUGCCUAUUAAAGAUAAUGCUUUGGUUAUGUUUAAUGGGAAAGUCUACCUGUUGGCUAAAAAGGGGACAGAUGUUUUGCCAUCACUAAUUGACCAACAGAAUUCUGUUUCUCCUGAUAUUCCAAGAAAAGAUACAUCUCAGAUAGUGAGUUCAAGUCCAGUCACAGAAAUAUCCAGAGAGGUUGUAAAUAUUGUUUUGGCUAAAAGUAAAUCUUCCCAGAUGGAGACAAAAUCACUUUCAAAUACCCGACUUGCUUCCAUGGCCAAUCUAAGGGCAGAGAAGAAUAAAAAAGUGGAGAAACCAUUUCUUUCUACCCCAGAUCCACAUAAUAUGAACCAAUCCAUUAACUGCUUAAAACAGAGUAAGACUUUAUUCACAAAGCCAGACUUUCCAGAUGGAUUUAGUACAGGACAGAAUGCCCCCAGAAAAGGAAAUAUCAUCCAGAGCAUAGAGAAAAUAAGUUCCUCUGUUGAUGCAACAACUGUUACUUCACAACAGUGUGUUUUCAGAGACCAAGAACCAAAGAUCCAGAAUGAGAUGGCAUCAACAUUAGAAAAAGUUACUCAAGAAAGAAAUAACAGGAAAAAUUCUCAAGGAAGAAGCAAUAAGGCAUAUCUGAAGAAUGAUGCUGAACUUAAAAAGAUAUUUGGUCUCACUAAAGAUUUGAGAGUAUGCCUUACUCGGAUUCCUCACCAUUUGGGCUCUGGAGAAUGUUUUGAUUUAUUUAGCAAUUUGGUGAAGAGUGAUACUUACAAAGAGACACAAUUUAUAGUGAAGGAGGAAGGGAGAAAACAGGGUUUUGAUAAGAAAAGAAAAGCAAAAACAGCUAAGAAGAUGGAUCACACAAAGAAGAGAAAAACUGAGAACAUUUGUAAUACAGCUCUAAAUGGAGGAACUAAUGUCACUAGUUCGCAAGACUUUAGCAGUAUUUUACCAACUUCAAAUGUAUCACACUGUAGCAAUCUCUCAAGCCUCAGCAAAACCAGAGAAGAAGAGAGACCUGAGAUAGAAGAUUGUACCCAAGAGAACCAAGAGAAAGGCACACUGAGUUCAAGUGCAGCUUUUGAACAAAGUCAUUCCUUCAAUAAAAAUUAUACUGACGAUAUUUUCCCCAUGACACCACCAGAGUUAGAAGAAACCAUUAGAGAUGAAAAAAUAAGAAGACUUAAGCAGGCACUGAGAGAGAAAGAAGCAGCUCUUGAAGAAAUGCGUAAGAAGAUGCAGCAAAAAUAAAAUAUUGCUAUGCUAAAAGACUUGAAUGAAAUAGCUGUGUUUUUCAUAUACUUUUGCAUUAAGUUAAUUAUAGAUGCAUUCUGAAAGCAUCUUUGAAGAUGAAACUUGUCUUUUCAUUAUAAAAUUGAUUAUAAAAUUUUAUUUAAGGAGUACAGAAAAGGUUAAUUCACUUGUGACUUUUGUGAAUAAUCUACAUGUGGUAUCUGGGUCUUUGUCCAGACCUUUUUUUGAAAGGAGAAUUUUUCUAUUUUUCUUUUACUUUAACUAGAAUUCCCCAAGUUGGAAUAUUUGUUAUUGUUUAUAUCUUUAGCUAAAUUGCACAGAUGUUAUUCCAGCAAUAGGUAUUUGUGUACUGCUGAAAUUAACAAUCCAAGAGAGGAAAUCAGCUCUAAACAGCUUUGUCAAUUGACUUGUGUAUGUAUAUGUCUUUUUAUCCAUAAAAUGAUGAUAGCUUCUACUCAUCUUUGAUGUAAAUAUUUUUUUAAUUUCAUGAAAGAAAAUGUAUUAUAGCAGCAUCACUUAAAAAUUCAAACAUUUCUCAAGCGUGAGGGACACUUGUUUUGUAACUUUGACAAAGUAGUUUCAUAUAAUCCAAAAUGGGUUUUAGAAUUUAGGCUAUAUAAUGUAUUGUUUGCUUAAAGUGAUAUGUUACUAUUCCUAUGUGAAUGGUUCCUUGUUUUUUUUUUGAUAUGUACAUAUGUGAUUUGGAUUGUAUGAGAAGUAAAUCUGAAUAUGGCCAUAUUUCAUACUUUUUGAAAUUGUAAAGUGUAGUUUUCCUAAUAGAGGCAAACAAACAUUUUUCUAUCUGGUUGUCUUUGGUUUGGAGAGUGGUGUAGAGAUAGAGAUUAAGGAGAAGGAGGAAAAGAAAAAGAAGGAAGAAGGAAAAAUUUUAACAAUUAACAAAUUCCUGGAAGUAAGUCAAAUAAAAUCUGUACAUUGCCAACAAAAUAGAAAACAGUACAUCAGAAAAUACUGAGAAGGAGCAGAACAAAUGCAAACUGAGCACCAGAUUCUCCUGCCUUUUUGGUAUUUUUGUAACAGCUUUAUUGAGAUAAUUCACAUACCAUAAAAUUCACCCAUUUAAAGUGUAUAAUUCCGUGGUAUUCGUUGUAUUCACAGAGCUGCACAGCCAUCAAAUGAUCUAAUUUUAGAACAUCUUUACUAUCCCCUAAGAAAUCUCAUAAGCAUUAGCAGUCACUCCCCAGACUCGCCUUUUCCCAGCCCUUGGCAGCCACUAGUACACUUUCUGUCUGUAUAUUUGACUAUUUUGGACAUUCAUAUGCAUAAACUAAAUCAUUCAGC